UCAUUUCCUCAACUGCGAAAGAGGGGCCUGGCGAGAUCGUUGAAGAAGCCUGUCCAAAGAGUAAACAUAUUUCCUCAAUAAUAUAGGAUACACCUCCAUAGACUGGGUUAUCGUCUGUGUUGUGUGGAGAAGCUUUAAACAAUUUACCCACAACAAUGUCGGCCCAAGCUCAAAUGAGAGCUUUGCUCGAUCAACUAAUGGGGACUGCGAGGGACGGGGAUGAGACGCGGCAGAGGGUCAAAUUCACUGAUGAGAGGGUCUGCAAAAGCCAUCUCCUGAACUGCUGUCCCCACGACAUCCUCUCCGGAACUCGUAUGGAUCUGGGAGAAUGUGCGAAGACCCACGACCUGGCACUCCGGGCCGACUAUGAAAUUGCCUCCAAGGAGAGAGACCUCUUCUUUGAGCUUGACGCUGUGGAUCACCUGGAGUCUUUCAUUGCCGACUGCGACCGGAGAACAGAGUUGGCCAAGAAACGACUGGUUGAGACCCAAGACGAGAUCAGUGCUGAGGUGGCUGAAAAGGCAGAGACGGUUCACGAGCUGAACGAGGAGAUUGGGAAGCUCCUGGCCAAGGCAGAGCAGCUGGGUGCCGAGGGGAAUGUGGAUGAGGCCCAGAAGGUCCUACAGGAAGUGGAGAAAGUUCGCAGCAGGAAGAGGGAUGCUGAGGAGGAGUACAGAAACUCCAUGCCUGCCUCCAGUUUCCAGCAGCAGAAGCUUCGUGUCUGUGAAGUGUGCUCGGCCUACCUGGGUCUCCACGACAACGACCGUCGCCUGGCCGACCACUUUGGCGGGAAGCUGCAUCUGGGCUUCAUCCAGAUCAGGGAGAAACUGGAAGCCCUGAAGAAAACCGUCCUGGAAAAGCAGGAGAAGAGGAACCAGGAUCGCCUGAAGAGGAGAGAAGAGAGAGAGAAGGAGGAGAGGAUGAAGAAGAGGACCAAAUCACGGAGCAGGGAACGGAGCAGGGAACAUAGAAGGUCCAGCUCUCGCGACCGUAGGAGACGCCGUUCGCGUUCCUCGUCUCGGGAGAAGCGGCGUUCCUCCCGCUCGCGCUCCAGGGACCGUGAGAGGAGGCGACGCCACCGCAGCCGAUCCCGCAGCAAGGGCGCCCGCCACAGCCACGAGCCCAGCUCCCGACACAAGUCGUCCAGGGAUCGCGAUCGCUCCUCCAGAGAACGUUCACGGGAGCGAAGCAAGAAGAGGGGAUCCUCGGAGCGGCGGCAGGACAGCAGGGAUCAGAACGGGAGAACAGAAUCCCGCCGGGCGGAGGUCAGGGAUAGAGACCUUUGAGGACUCUAUCUCUCUCUCUCUCUCUCUCUCUCUCUCUCUCUCUCUCUCUCGCUGUCUCCAUCCUCAACACACAACCUCCUUUUGUCUGUCUCUCUUUCAUAUCUGUCCAUUACAUCUAUUUGAACUCUCUCCUUGUAUGAAUUCUCCCUCCGUUCCCUUAUCAAAAUGAUCCAGAGAUGUUUUGCGUUGACCGAUAUUCCAGCCAAUCCACUGUCCCAAAUACAUAGCGCUUAUAUGACCGCAGAAGUAUAUACAGGUAACUGCCAAAAUAAUGGAAACACUUCAGUAAAACAAAGUAUACUGGAAGCAGGUGCCUCCACACGUGUGGUUCAUGAGUUAAUUAAGAAAUGAACAUCCCAUCAUAAUUAGGGUCAUGUAUAAAAAUGCUGGGCCGGCCAUUAUUUUGGCUACCAUGGCUAUACCCCUAUAGGAUGACAAUGCACCCAUCCACAGGGCAUGAGUGGUCACUGAAUGGUUUGAUGAGCAUGAAAAUGAUGUAAACCAUAUACCAGGUCUCAACCCAAUUGAACACUUAUGGGAGAUUCUGGAGCGGUGCCCGAGACUGCGUGUUCCACCACUGUUUCUCAUGGAAGAAUGGUGUCUCAGACACUUGUAGAAUCUAUGCCGGCUCAUGGUGGCCCAACGCCCUACUAAAACUCGUUAUUUUGGUGUUUCCUUUAUUUUGUCACCUGUAUAUUGUACAUGCAUAUAUAUUUUAGUUUCAAGCGUUUAAAUAUAUCCUGGGAUAAAGUUGUGGGGGGUUGUUGAACAUUGGGCGUGGGAGUACAUAAAGUCCUGACAGUGUAUGUUAGAUGUGAUGGCUGUUGAUGACAUGCAUAUGAUUCUAUAUUCUAUAAAACUGUCCUGAAUAUUAAUUUCCUGGGGGAAUCAGUAGCUGAAACUAGAGAAAGGAUAAAUGAAUGACCGUUGGCCAUAAACUUAAAGAAUAGAGCAUUUCCAUAUUGCCGUGUUUUAUGAUACUGUUAUUUUUAAACUGUCAGAAUUGCUAUGUGUGAUUGAGAUACUUUGCAUAAAUAUACCUCCAGCAUACUGUCCUGGGUGGUGUUCAUUAGGCACCAAAUGGAAGAUACUGGACUGAAACGGGGGGGGGGGGGGGUCACCUGGACUUAGAAACCUACAUGUUUGUUUUCCUGUAAAAACGUUGCUAAAUGUUUUCAGUUAUUGCCCUAAUAAACACGACCCAGCAUACUGGAUUGGCUUCUCCGUGCAAGGCUUUCUUCCCUUCCUAGAGGCUAUUUCACAAUGCUGGUUGCAUCAAUUUGC